CAACACUUCCCCUCUGAGCCGAGAGAACGCGGUAAAACGAGAUUCGCAGGCGACAAGGGCAGCAUGGCAUCCGACAGCAACAUGGCUAACAURAACGGGCAGCGGCCCGUCGCCCUGAACGGGGAGCCGGUCGUCAAAAGGCCGAGGGAGAGYGUCCAGCCGGACUCGAAGGAGCCCCAGAACAAAGUGACCGUKGUGCUCGGAGCGCAGUGGGGCGACGAGGGGAAAGGGAAAGUUGUUGACCUGCUCGCGAUGGAUGCGGACAUUGUUUGCAGGUGUCAGGGAGGAAACAACGCAGGUCACACUGUGGUGGUGGAUUCGGUGGAGUACGACUUCCACCUGCUGCCCAGCGGCGUGCUCAACAAGAAGGCCAUCUCCUUCAUCGGUAACGGAGUUGUGAUCCACCUGCCAGGCCUGUUUGACGAGGCUGAGAAAAACUCCAAGAAAGGAAAAGGGCUACAAGGAUGGGAGGAGAGGCUGAAGAUUUCUGACCGAGCCCACAUCGUGUUCAACUUCCAUCAAGCUGUUGAUGGAAUCCAGGAGCAGCAGAGGCAGCAGCAGGAAGGGAAAAAUUUGGGAACCACUAAGAAAGGCAUCGGUCCUGCCUACUCAUCCAAAGCUGCUCGGAACGGGCUGCGAGUCUGUGACCUCGUCUCCGAUUUCAAGGUUUUCGAGGACAAGUUUCGGAUGUUGGCAGAACAUUUCCUGACGAUGUAUCCGAAUCUCAACGUGGACAUCGAAGGGGAGCUGCAGCAGCUGAAGGACUAUGCUGAGAAGCUCCGCCCCCUGGUGACAGACGGUGUGUACUUCAUGCACAAAGCUCUGACUGGACCCAGUAAGAAAAUCCUGGUGGAGGGGGCCAACGCCGCUCUCCUGGACAUAGACUUCGGGACGUACCCCUUCGUCACGUCGUCCAACUGCACCGUGGGAGGAGUCUGCACCGGCCUCGGUGUGCCCCCGUCCUACGUGGGCCGCGUGUACGGAGUGGUCAAAGCCUACACGACCCGAGUGGGCGUCGGCGCCUUCCCGACAGAGCAGGAUAACGAGGUAGGGGAGCUGCUGCAGACCAGAGGGAGAGAGUUUGGCGUGACGACGGGUCGGAAGAGGCGGUGCGGUUGGCUGGACCUGAUCCUGGUCCGAUACGCCCACAUGGUCAACGGCUUCUCCGCAAUUGCCCUGACCAAGCUGGAUAUUUUGGACACGCUGAAAGAGAUUAAAGUGGGCGUGGCCUAUAAGGUUGAUGGACAACCUCUUCCAAGUUUCCCAGCCAAUAUGGACGUGUUGACGCGUGUGUGUGUGGAUUACGAGACGCUGCCCGGCUGGUGCUGCAGCACCGAGUCGGCCCGCAGCUUCGAGGAGCUGCCUCCUCCGGCUCAGAGCUACAUUCGGUUCAUCGAGGACUUCCUUCAAGUGCCAGUGAAGUGGGUCGGAGUGGGAAAGUCCAGAGAGAGCAUGGUCAAACUGUUCUGAUCUACGGCUGCACUCGUCCACAUCGUGUCGCAACAUCAGAUUACGGAAAUCCGAACUGUUCAAACUGGGAGGAGAAAUAACAACAAUAAUAAAUCACCAGCAGGACCACACGUUAAAGAUUUAGCUGCUGCUUUUGUCACAUAUUCAGAUCUAAUUUAAACAUUCCUCACAUUGAUUUUUACGUCAGUUCAGGAUGUUCACGUUUAAUCCCGAAGCUGGUAUUUAAGCUGUUUUAGCUUUUUUUUUUUAAUGUUUGCUAACCAAACGUCUGUUGAGUGUGUCGUUUGUUUGUUUUUUACAUUUAAAAAGCCACUGACGAGCAGAUGUGGAAGCCUGUCAGUCUGUAAAUGACUUCAAAUUAAAACAUAAAUUAUUUUCAGGCUUCAAAAAGGAUUUAAAAUAUUCAUUAUUUGGACGUUAAAACGUUUUUCUAUUGAGGAAAUUUUUAAAAAGGUAACAGUUUAAAAGGAACUAAAGGUUUUAAAAAGAGUUAACCAAGAAUAUAAACAGGUUUUUACUUCACAGAGACAUUUAUUACUGCAGGUUUGUGUAAAUGUAAAGUAUGUUUUCUGACUUCUGGCAGCAGUGUUGUAGUCCGCCAGACUGGUCUUGGUCUUAAGACUGGUCUUGAGACCACUUUGUGAUGGUCUGGUCUUGACUACAACACUGUCAGUAAUGUAAACAUUUCCUGAGCUUCUUAGAUCCAAUAAAACAAAGUUCUCAUGUUAAA